UGUACGGACAGCUGUACUUAUAAGUUCAAUUUGUAUUUAUUAUAAGAAUACAAUUACUAGUACCAACUAAAGUAUAGAUGGUACUUAUUGUGUUUCAAUGGCGGACGCAGUAGCAGCCUGUCGAGUCUGUCUGGCGGUGGACGUGCGGUUGUUAACAAUCGCCGGCGCGCUCCAGCUGGUGUAUGAGAAGAUCACCAGCAAUGCACUGCACAGUGAGGGGAAGCCCUUGGCGGCGUGUUAUAUCUGCUACGCUCAGCUCGACAAGUGCCGCAAGUUGAUGCUGACUUGUGCAUUAGCAGAGAAUGUGCUGAAUGAUAUGCUGCACAGACAGGUUGAGAUAACUACAGAAGCAAUAUCCCUGAUUGACCGCAAGGCUCAAGGCCUGUGUGGGUCACUGACCUGUAGUGGAGCUUUACACCACAGUGGUAUACAGACUCCCGUGGAGGUCAAAACUGAGCUAAAAUUAGACAUGGCUAAGACAGAUCCAAUAAGACCCAAGGUGGAGCCGGAGGAAGUGUUUGCAGAUGCGCUGCAGCCAGACAACUUCCGUGAUUUGGAAUGCUGCUCGGAUGAAGAACCCUUCAGUCUGUCACAGCUUUGCCAUACGGAAAUGGAUAUGACAGAACAGAGAGAGCGAGGGGAAGAUAUCACUUUAGCGGAAACGUCGGGGGUUGGCAAACGGAAACAAGCUAAAGGAAUCACAACCACAACUGACAGCAAACAGCGCGAGUCUAGACAGGAGUCAACCACUGAGACUGCUCGGGGACACUGGUGUGAUGUUUGUCAGAGAUGGUUUAGAUAUAAUUCGGAUAUGAUGAGACAUUAUAGAACUCACACUGGUGAGAAACCAUUUCAGUGUAAUAUUUGUAAUUAUCGCUGUACAGUAAAAUCUAGUCUACUUAGUCACUUCCGAACCCACACUGGUGAGAAACCAUUUCAGUGUAAUAUUUGUGGUUACCGAUGUAAAGUUAAAUCUAGUUUAUUAUGUCAUUUAAGAACCCACUCUGGUGAGAAACCAUACCAGUGUGGUGUGUGUCAACAUCGAUUUAAACAAAAAGGUCAUUUAGUAGAACACGCGAGGACUCACACCGGUGAGAAACCAUUCCAAUGUGAUGUUUGUGAUUAUUGUUGCAGUCAAAAGUCUGAUUUGUUAAAGCACUCUCGAACUCACUCUGGGGAGAAACCAUUUCAAUGUCACAUGUGUAAUUAUAGUUGUAUUCAAAAGUAUAGUUUAUUACAGCACAUUAGAACUCACCGGUGAGAAACCAUUCCAGUGUAACGUUUGCGAUUACCGUUGUAAUCGAAAGUUUAGGUUAUCUGCACACGUCCGAACUCACGCCGGGGAGAAACGUGAGAGGUCAUUUCAGUGCGACGUCUGCCGACGUCGAUUUAGUCAUAAACAUGUGCUGACGCGGCACUUGCGAACUCACAAGUAAUAUAACUCAUACUCUUUUCAUAAACUGACUGAUUUAGUUUUUCUCAAAAGUUUGUAUUUGUGAUAUAUUAUUAUGGUACAAAGAAUACACGAUUGAAUAACAAUGAAAAACUUUUAAAUGGGAUCAUUUCACAGCCGGCCAGCGGCAGCAGUGAACGAGGACCAUGUUGUAUGGGUAGAAAUAAAGGUAAACGGAAACUGGUCGACAAUGCUUAGCGUAAAGUUCAACCUAGUGUCUAGUGUGUCCUCUGUUAUAAUGUGCAAUAAACAUAAAUAAAGUAAUGUAGCAAAAA